CAUGCAUAUUUAUAAAUAUGCUGCAGUUAGUGUUUUCUUCUUUUUGUGUUUCUCCUUCAACAAAGCAAAACUUUUCUAAGGUUUAUCGUUUGAAGAUGAUGGUUUUUGUUCAUCUCUGUGUCCUCUGCUUGAUGGUUCCAAACCCCUUUAACCAAGGAUGGGCUUUCCGUUCUCAAACAAAAUACUCAUAUCAACCCUACAAAUAUGAUUAUCAUCUACCACAUGUAGAUCCUGGAGAAGGUGGACCACCUGGACCACCUGGACGACCUGGACCACCUGGACCAUGUGGACCACCUGGACGUCCAGGACCAUGUGGACCAAAGGGUGAAAAGGGGCAUAAUGGACCACAGGGACCCCCAGGACCUCAAGGACCAAAAGGCCUGUCUGGAGCCAAAGGGUCAGAAGGAGCAAAGGGUGAUGUGGGACCAAAGGGAUCAAAGGGAAUGCCUGGGAUGUGUGGAACUCCAGGAUCACAGGGACCAAAAGGAGACAUUGGUCCACAAGGGCCAAGGGGCAAAACGGGUUUGCAAGGCAUGAAGGGUGACAUUGGACCAAAUGGGGAAAAGGGUCACAUGGGGCAAAAGGGGUCAAAGGGUGAAAUGGGACCACAAGGGCUUAAAGGUCAAACUGGGCCACAUGGGCCAAAGGGUGAAAUUGGGCCACAGGGACCACCUGGACCAUGUAGUAAAGGAUCUCAGGGACCAAAGGGGGAGAUGGGAACAAAGGGGGCAAAGGGUGCAACAGGACAGCAAGGGCCGAAGGGAGAAAUCGGUGAAAAGGGAUCACAGGGACGACCUGGACAAUCUGGGAAUCCAGGUGCAAAAGGUGACGAAGGCCCGCAGGGACCAAAGGGCAAUUUAGGGCCACCAGGACCAAAGGGUCAGAAGGGUACACAUGGAUUGAAGGGUAAUAUGGGACAAACUGGACCCAAGGGUGAAAUGGGACCAAAUGGUGAAAUGGGGCCACAGGGUCCACCUGGACCACCAGGAGGUCAAAAGGGAGAAAAGGGUCAGAAAGGAGAAAAUGGUGCAAUGGGACCACAGGGACAACCUGGAGUACCAGGGAAUGGAGAAAAGGGUGCAAAAGGGGCAAAGGGUGAAAUGGGACAACAAGGUAACGCAGGAUCAAAGGGAGCAAUGGGUGACAUGGGAACAAAAGGGCUAAAAGGUGAUAUGGGAGCACAGGGACCCAAGGGAGACAAGGGACAACAGGGACCAAAAGGGAAUACUGGAUCAGAGGGCCAAAAGGGCAACAAUGGACAACAGGGACCCGGUGGAACACCAGGGAAUCCAGGACAAAAGGGGAACGUGGGGCCUGUGGGUCCAAAAGGAGAUGUGGGACCACCAGGGCAAAAUGGUGACACGGGACCAAAGGGAUCAAAAGGUGACGUGGGUCAAAAGGGGGAUAGGGGUUCACCAGGACAAAAAGGGGCACCAGGUCAAGCAGGACCUCGAACCGUACGAAGUCCACGUUCAAUAAUUGGACAUUUUGGGCCACCCGGACCACGAGGACCAUCAGGACUAACAGGACCAAUUGGACUACGGGGACCAACUGGGCAUCUUGGACCACGGGGGUUGAAGGGUGAAGUAGGACCACAAGGGCUAAAGGGUGACAUGGGACCACAGGGGUUACAGGGACCCUGGGGAGCACCUGGAGAACCUGGUUUACAUGGUCUGCAUGGACCACGAGGAUUAACUGGACCACGGGGAACACCAGGAGUUUGUGAAACAGAUUGCAGAUGCUUGAACAUCAGUGACUUGCAGGACAGCAUCAUCAGGAUAAAACAGUACAUUUUAGCUCAACAAUUCCAAUUCCUCUGGAACGUCGGUCAGAAAUACUUUGUGUCCAACAAGGAUAGCGGUUCUUUUGAGACGGCUGUUGAGUUCUGCUCCCAGAGAGGUCUGGAGCUGGCUCUGCCCCAGAAUGAGGAGGAGAACAGCAAGCUGAUGGAGGUGUUUGGAGACACUUUCAAAGACGUCUGGAUCAGCGUCAACAACAAGACGGCAGACGGGAAUUUCCAGGUUGACUUAAACAAUCAACUUCUGAUCUUCACCAAGUGGGAAACGGGACACCUUGAUGACUCCAUCCAGGACACAGGCUGCACUGUGCUGACUGAACACGGCUUCUGGAGAGUGAUGCGUGACUGCUCUAGUGAUGCAUUUAUUAUUUGUCAGCUAAUGAUGGUGGAGAAACUUCUCCUCCCCAUCUUCAGCUUGGUGAUUCUGAUUGUCUGCAACUUCGCUCAAGCUUCCCCAAAAAAAGAUCCAAACCAAAAGGAUCCUGAGGUCCGUAAAGCGUUGGAAAAGCGCAAUUCGAGAGACGACGACUAUUAUCAUGGACAUGAUCACCACUAUCCACCUGUGCUUAUGGGACCACCUGGACCGCCUGGAUCAUUUGGACCACCUGGACCACGUGGACCACCUGGACCACCUGGACUAAAUGGACUAAAAGGCGAAAAGGGUGCAACUGGGGCUAGUGGAUCACCGGGGUCACCUGGAGAACAGGGUCCACAGGGGGAAGAGGGUCCAAGGGGACAUCAAGGGUCAAGAGGCCGACGUGGAAGAAGGGGAUGCCCCGGUGAGGAAGGUGAAAUGGGACCACAAGGGCCACCGGGUGAAAUGGGACCUGAAGGACCACAUGGACCACCUGGACCUGAAGGACCGUGUGGACCGCCUGGACAUGAAGGACCACAUGGACCACGUGGGCCUCCAGGACCACCUGGGCAAAAAGGUGAUAAGGGGGAACAUGGACCAACUGGACCUCAAGGACCAAUGGGAUAUCCAGGGCUAAAAGGAAUGAAAGGUGAAAUGGGACCGCCUGGACCAAAGGGAAACACUGGACCACCUGGUCGAUGGGGACCUCCAGGACCACCGGGACAAAAAGGUGACAUGGGACUGCCUGGGCAAAAGGGUGAAAGGGGACCUCAAGGGCCAUGUGGACCACCAGGACCAAAAGGUCAGAUGGGGCUACCUGGGCAAAAGGGUGAAAUGGGACCUCAAGGGCCAUGUGGAGCACCGGGACCAAAAGGUGACAUGGGGCUACCUGGACAAAGUGGACCAGCUGGACCCGGUGGACCACCUGGACCACCAGGAAAUAAGGGGGACAAGGGUGAAAAAGGAUACAAGGGAGAAAAAGGGGAAAAGGGAUCAAAGGGGGAGAAAGGUGAACCUGGAAUACAAGGACCUCCUGGACAAAAUGGACCUCCAGGACCGCAAGGCUUAAAAGGUACGAAAGGUUGUAAGGGGGAAAAAGGAAAUCCUGGAAUACAAGGACCCCCUGGACCAUGUGGACCUCCAGGACCACCUGGAGCAAAGGGUGACCAAGGGGUAAAAGGUUCAGAUGGACCUCCAGGACCAUGUGGACCUCCAGGACCACCUGGAUUAAAAGGUGAUUUUGGACCACCUGGACCACCUGGACCAGGUGGGCCACCCGGGCCACCUGGACCACCUGGACUUAAGGGGUACAAGGGUGAUAAGGGACAUCAGGGUUACCAGGGACCACCAGGGCCAAAAGGUGAUGCUGGACCACCUGGACAAAAGGGUUGCAAGGGAGCUAAGGGAGAUAAGGGAGAAAAGGGGGAAGAGGGGGAAGAGGGGAAAAGGGGUAGAAGGGGUAGAAGGGGUAGAAAGGGUGAAAUGGGGGAAAUGGGACCACCAGGUCCACCAUGUUCACCCUUACCUUCAGUUCUACGAAGUCGACGUGGAGUAACUGGACCAAUCGGAAUGCCAGGACCAAUGGGACCACCUGGAGCAACUGGACAUCAAGGACCACGGGGCUUAAAUGGUGAAAGUGGACCACAAGGACCACCUGGUGAGCCUGGAUCACAUGGACAACAAGGACCAGCUGGAUCCCCUGGAAUCUGUAAAACAGAUUCGGAUAUCAGUGCCCUGCUGAACAGCGUAAUCAAGAUAAAGCAGCAUGUUCUAGCUCAAAACUUCCAAUUUCUCUGGAACGUCGGUCAGAAAUACUUUGUGUCCAACAAGGACAGCGGUUCUUUUGAGACGGCCGUGGAGUUCUGCUCCCAGAGAGGUCUGGAGCUGGCUCUGCCCCAGAAUGAGGAGGAGAACAGCAAGCUGAUGGAGGUGUUUGGAGACACCUUCAAAGACGUCUGGAUCAGCGUCAACAACAAGACGGCAGACGGGAAUUUCCAGGUUGACUUAAACAAUCAACUUCUGAUCUUCAGCAAGUGGGAAAAGGGACAGCCUGAUGACUCCAUCCAGGACACAGGCUGCACUGUGCUGACUGAACACGGCUUCUGGAGAGUGAUGCGUGACUGCUCUAGUGAUGCAUUUAUUAUUUGUCAGUUAUAAGAGAAACAAAGUUUUAGUUUUGCUUUAUCUCCCUAGAAAGUAAAAUGUUCAAUUCUCGUCAUUAAUGUUUUUUCCCUCUCUGUCUUGACGUCUUAUUUUUUAGUCUCUAUUUAAAAAGGGGUUAUAUCUAUGUGAAAUGUUUGAUGCUUGAAUCUAUUUAAAAAUAAAACAAAAAUACUAUAACAUAUA